AUUUUUCAUCCGCCGCUUGUGUUUGUCUACUAGACGAGAUUCGAAUUCGACGAAGAUGGUGGGAUUUAAGAACAGGUACAUGUUGAUGGAGGUUUUUCUGGAUCCGGACAAGGAUCUUCUCGGAGAAGGAACUCCGAUUAUUCUUACACAAUUCAACCUCUCCAAAGCAAUCAAAGACAGUAUCCUCGUAAAUUUCGGCGAGUGCGGUCUCGGAUCUUCUCUUGGAUCUUUCCAGGUAAAACAUGUGAACCCUGUCACGAAGCUAUGCAUUGUAAGAUCAUCAAGAGAGGAACACAGACAAGUUUGGUCGGCAAUCACUUUGGUCAAAAGCAUCGGGAACUGUCCGGUGGUCUUCAACUUGCUCGAUAACAGCGGUUGCAUCAGAGCGUGUAAAGACACAGCCUUGAAGUGCGAGACGGAGAAAUUUAAACAGAUAUCCACCAAAAGCUUGUCUGAAGAAGAGAUUCGAGAGAUGAACAGGUGUCUAGAUAAGCUCAAACUAUUGGAAAACUGAACCUUUGUUUUUUUUUGGGUUGGUCUCAGCUACUAUGAUAUAAAUUGUGUAGCUUGGUCUUUCGAAUUUGACCCCUAAGAUUUGAAAGUGUACAAUUUGUCCCUUGUAUGCAUAUUAUUCUGGAUUCUGAUGUGAACGGACAAGAAAAGUCAUCAUCA